CGCAAUCCCAGUGACGAACAAUAUGAACCACCAGAUCUUCCCGGAAUUUCCGUGGCUUCCAUUUCUUCUAUCUUGGCUCUCCCAUCAUCACCCAUUCUUCUUUAAGAACACGAACCAUGCUCUGUUUUCUUUUCAAUUACUAACAAUGGAUGUCUGGUCUUGGAUUUCUGAGCUCCCCAGCUCCGACGACUGGAACCAGUCCAUUUCUGUCUUCCAACUCGCUAAUCAUGGAAACUCGGCGAUUCACCUCACUGCCGAGCGCUCCACCGGCGCCGAUUCCGAUAUGGUUCUUACCUUCGCCGUCACACUUAAGGGGUUCAGGUCGUUUAGCGAGAGCAAGACCUUGUGGGUUUCCAACACGUGUCCUCUGUCGUUGGAGAAGCCGUUCCUUCCUCUGGUUCUUCAACUUCUUCAAGAAAUCAUUUCCCGGUCGCCGGCCGGGCAGAAGAGCACCUGUCCCCGCUCUCGUCUACAGAAACUGAAACCCGACCCGGUUUCCUGGAUUAUGGACUCUCACUCGCCGGAAUCUUUCUCCGGCUUCUUCAACCUUAUUUUCCUCAUCCGACUCUUUUGGGUCUGUGCUUGCGAUGCUCCUGCUGAAAUCGGCUCCUUCUACUUCGACUACUUGCUUUCCCCACACCUUGAAACUAUGUCGUCGAACCACGCGCCGGUAUUGCGAACGUUUCUAGUCACCAUCGGCGUCGAUGCUGAGCUCUGUUUCACUCGCACGCUCGGUUACGUGAUAGCGAAAUGGUUGAUUCUCAGAGAAGUUGGCGUUGGGUUACAGACGCUAACCCACGCGCCGCCGCAACGAAGUCUGGGUUUCACCUACGCGACGGAGGCGCACGGCUUGUGGAUUCUGAAAGGCCACGCGCCGGUUAUGGGGAUGAAGGUCACCCGCGCCGGUGGAAGCCGGAAAUACCAGUUUCCCUUGAUUGAAGCGAAAGAGUCAGCGUUGAGAUACGCUCUGGCCCACCAACAGCUCGAGGCCGUCGUUCAGUUUGAAUAUUCCGUCCGGUACCACGACGGCUAUGUCCACGUGGGUACACGUGUCGACAACAUUAGGCUCCACGUGGCGAGAUUAGCCCUGGGGAGCGUCGAUGACGUGGAGUACGCAGAGGAGAGGCAUUUCGUCUCUCGAGUUCGGGUAUGGGUUGGGCCGGAAGUCGGGGCGAAUUAUGUCGGGGCGGUGAGUUUAGGGCGGUCGACGGAGAACGCCGAACGGGAGGUAAAAGUGCAGAAGAUUCUGAAGGGCAGAUUUGGAAAAACGAAAAUGUCAACGGUGAAGGCGACGGCGAGGACGUCGACGAGGACGACGAUGAAAAACUGGCGGUGGGACCAGGAGGCGGAAGGGAACGCGGCGGUGUUCGAGGCGGUGCUGUGCGACAACACGACGGGGAAUGAGGUGUCGACGAAAAAGAAUCCGAGUGGAAACGAGAACGGCGACGGCGGGGAGACCUUUCAGAAUCGGUACAGUGGAACGAAUCGGGCUUUCACGAAGACCGGAGGAGUGGUUUUCGCCGGCGACGAGUACGGGGAGGAGGUGGGAUGGCGGCUGAGCAAAGAGACGGAAGGGAGUGUGCUAAAAUGGCGAAUUGGAGGCCAAAUUUGGCUAAGUUAUUGCCCAAAUGAGAUGAGAAUUCCAUAUCAUGAAACCAGGUGUGUGGAGUGGUGUGAUGAGGUUGACUUGCCUUUAAUUCCCACCAAAUGAAACAAAAACCCUAAUCUUGUAAUUAUUAUCAUCAUUCCAUGUAGCUUUAAAUCAUAUACUCAUGGCCUAGGGUUUCACUCUUAUGUUCGUGAUCUGAUCGAAUAUAUCGCUUGAUAAUUUUCAUAU